AUGAUAAAGGCCCUAAUAGAUCUGUUUAUGCUUUUGUUUCUGAUUGUAUAAGUUAGAGUUUAUUCUAGAAUUUCAGAAAUAAAGUCUCUGAAGAAAAUUAGAUAAAAGCAUGGAAUGUUCUGCUAGUUCAAAGGUAUCUCAUCCUUAAUGAUUAUUGUGUAUAUAUUCAGAUUUGUAAUUGGAGAUAUUUUUAGCCCUCUUUGGAGUAGCAACUUUAUCCUAGGAUAUGUAAUGGAAUAUGUCUGGGCAUAAAAGAUAUUCUUUUAUCAAAUUAUGAUAUUCAAUGUGUUGAGCUACAUUACUGCUUUUUAUUUCCUAGGCUUUUACUAUUACUUUUCUGUAAAGCCAUCAAACCAUUUAGACAUUGAGAAUUUAGAAACUACUAAUGAGGAGAUAUGUGAAAAAAUCUAUCAAAAUUCUAUCAAAUACACAGAUCAUGAAUCUAAAAAGAAUCUAACAAUUACUAAUAAUCAAUUCUAGCAUUAGCAUGAAUCAAUAUUUAUCAAUAGUCCAUCAGUACCUAUGACCUACAAGAUAGAAUCAUUAAGUUUGCAGUCUUUAGAGAACUGCAAAAAAUAUGAUCUUGUAAAUCAAGUACUUAAAAAUCCAAAUCAUAGAGAAAAUGACCAAAUUAGCAGUAGUAUCAAUUGA